GACCGACGGUCGGAGGGACGCGCGGACGCAGGCGGUGGGCGGCCGCGGGGCUGCUCCGCCAGCCCGGGCCCCGCAGCCCCGAUGGGGCCGGCCCGGAGCCGCCCCCGGCAGCGCUGAGCCGCACGGAGCCGCCAGCCUGUGGAUGAUGGGCACGACCGCCAGUACAGCUCAGCAGACUGUCUCAGCCUCUGCCUUCGAGAGUGUGCACGGCAUUGGCACCAUGGAGGACCAGCGCUCCCUGAGCAUCCACUCUUUCCAAACCCUUGGGCUGCACAACAGCAAGGCCAAGUCCAUCAUCACCAACAAAGUGGCACCAGUGGUCAUCACGUACAACUGCAGGGAGGAGUUCCAGAUCCACGAUGACCUACUGAAGGCCAACUACACAGUGGGACGCAUCUCCGAGGCCACGCUGGAGCACUACCUGGUGCAGGGGAAAUAUUUCAUGGUCAGAGAUGUGUACGGCAAGUUGGAUGUCUUGAACACUACCAGCAGCUGCGGAGCUCCGAAUUUCCGGCAAGCCAAAGGAGGUUAUGCAGUGUUUGGUAUGGGUCAGCCCAGCCUCAAUGGUUUCAAGCUUGUGCUGCAGAAGCUGCAGAGAGAAGGCCACAAGGAGUGUGUCUUCUUCUGUGUUCGUGAGGAACCUGUGCUCUUCUUGCGUGUGGAGAAUGACUUUGUGCCCUACACGCCAAGGGGCAAGGAGAACCUCCAUGAGAACCUCCACGGUUUGCAGAGGGGGCUGUGUGUGGAAGAUCUGGAGCUCACCAUCCGCAAAGAGAUCCACAACUUUGCUCAGCUGAGUGAGGGAGUCUACUAUGUGUACAAUGACAUUGAGCGCUUUCGGGAUGAGCCGCACACUGUGAGGGUGCAGGGUGAGGAGGACAUCCAUGUAACAGAGGAGGUGUACCGCCGGCCCAUCUUCCUCCUGCCCACCUACCGCUACCACCGCCUGCCCCUGCCUGUUGAUGGGGGCCCUCUGGAGGAGCAGUUCGAUGCUUUCAUCCACUUCCUUAGGGAAAGCCCUGGACUGCUGCUGCGGGAUCCCAGCCGCCCCCCGCCAGCACUGCUCUUCAGCUGCCAGACUGGAGUGGGCAGGACCAACCUGGCCAUGGCCUUGGGCACCCUCAUCCUCCUCCACCACCGGGGAGCAGCACCCAAGACUGACCUCCCACAUCCAGCCAAAACACCGCCGAGGGCCAGAUUUCGGGUCAUCCAGAGCUUCAUUGAGAUGGUACCCAAAGGGCAACAGAUGGUGGAGGAGGUGGACAGUGUGAUUGCCUCCUGCUCAGAGAUGCACGACAUGAAGGAGGCCAUCUAUGAGUCCAAGAAGAAGCUGGAAGGGAUUGGAGAAGACUACCAGAUCCAGGGGAACAGCACCAAAGAAUACUUCCUCCAGAGGACUCUGCAGAGCCUUGAACGCUAUUUCUACCUGAUUGCCUUCAACUAUUACCUUCAUGAGCAGUACCCCCUGGGCUUUGCCCUCAGCUUCAGCAGGUGGAUGUGCCGGCACCCUGAGCUCUACCGACUGCAGGCGAGCAUGAACUCCUCUGAGCUCACCAUCACCGGGGACCUCAUCACCAAGGGAACGCGAGUGCUGGUGGUGGAUGAGCGCUUCUGCCCAGACGUGCUGAGCACUGUGAAGGAGAUGAGCGUAGCCAAUUUCCGACGGGUGCCUAAGAUGCCCAUCUAUGGGACAGCGCAGCCGAGCUCCAAGGCCCUGGGCAGUGUCCUGCGGUACCUGACAGAUGCAAAGAGAAAGCACUCGCACAUCUUGUGGGUCAGCCUGCGGGAAGAGGUGGUGCUGGAGGGGAACGAGCAAAUCUACACACUCAGGGAGCCAGGAAGCCUUGACCAGCUCAUCCCUGUGCCGGUAUCCACACCUGAGCAGCUGGAGAAACUUGAGUCCACUCUGAAGGGUGACCUGCUGAAGUCACAGAAAUGGCUGGAGGUCUACUUGGAAGCAGAGAAGCAGAUGAAGAUGUUCAAGAGCUGUCUGACCACGCAGGAGAUCUUCAACCAGCACAAGAGUACCUGCCAGGGCCUGACCUACCGGCGCAUCCCUAUCCCUGACUUCUGUGCUCCUAAGGAGCAGGAUUUUGACCGGCUGCUGGAGGCGAUGAAGAGUGCCCUGGCUGAAGACUCACGGACAGCCUUUGUAUUCAACUGUGCCAGUGGCCGGGGCAGGACCACUACAGCCAUGGUCAUUGCAGUCCUCACGCUCUGGCACUUCAAUGGCAUCCCUGAGAUGAGUGAGGAGGAGAUUGUGAGUGUGCCUGAUGCCAAGUACACUAAAGGGGAGUUUGAGGUAGUGAUGAAGGUGGUCCAACUCCUGCCCGAUGGUCACCGGAUGAAGAAGGAGGUGGAUAUGGCCCUGGACACGGUCAGCGAGACCAUGACACCCAUGCAUUACCACCUCCGAGAAAUCAUCAUCUGUACCUACCGGCAGGGGCGGUCAGGAAAGGAUGAGCAGGAGCGGCGGCUGCUGCGGCUGCGGAGCCUGCAAUACCUGGAGCGCUACAUCUACCUGAUCCUUUUCAAUGCCUACCUGCACCUGGAGAAGAAGGACUCCUGGCAGCGGCCCUUCAGCCUCUGGAUGCGUGAGGUGGCGGCUGUGGCUGGUGUGUACGAGGUGCUGGAUGGGCUGGGCUUCCCUGAGCUGGAGCAGCUGGAGGAUGAGGAGCCGAUGCAGAGGCUACGUGGGCGCUGGAGGGCGCAGAACAGGGCCGGCUGGCCCAGCCGUGGGGACUUCAUAUAGGGGUAGAGACUGUGUGCACCCUGAGUGAAAAGGGAGGGGGAAAAAAAGAAACCAGGGGGAGGGAGCCUUUGACCAUGAGAAUUAGGGGUUCUUCAAGAUGCAAUAAAGAUGUUGUAAGUUAAA